ACAACUCACAUCGGCACUCGACACCAUACGAUACAUGCGCCGUACGCAGUAACGACGGGGCGUGAUGGCCAUGAGCACCACAAGGAAGCGAGGAGCCUUUUUUGUUUUCGAGAAGCCGCUCGUUUCCCGUCUCCCUUUCGAGGUCGAGGUGGACGGCGGGGUACUUGCGAAAAAGCGAGCAAGGAUCGCGGCAACAACAACAACCGAAACAACAAGACCACCAUCACCCCCAGCCCAUGAAGACCUGGAUGUCAACACGAGCGAGAAUUUCGAGACAAAGCAGUGGUGGACGAGAGAAGCGCUGCAAGAACGGCAUCGCAGAGAGGAGGCCGAUAGCUCCUCUUCAAGUAGUGCCAUUGCCGCUGUAGGUGCGGAUGUUGAGCGGGGCUGUUGGUCGGGCGGCAUCUGGGGCGCAAGAGAAGGCCGCAGGGACACGAGAGCAGGAACGAGACCGUCUUUGGAGAAGGGUGAACGCGAGUGCCUGGACGAGGAGGCUGUGUCUACCGCGGCAACAGGGGGCGCAGGCGCUGGGCGAACGCUGGUCCAGCUCAAAAUCGACGCCAUGUUUGCGGUACCCGGACUGCCUUGCACGCCUCCAUCAGAGUGUUCUGGUCGAAACCCCGAUGCAGAACUCUGCGAUGGGGAGUGUGCCGGAACUACAAGCAGAGGAGACGGUGCAAUGGAUGUUGACGUCGGUGUAGGAGCCGAACCUCGGGAAGAGGGUGGGCCUGCCUGCUACGCUUGCAGAGGCGCGCUAGGGACGGCGGGCGGGGACAUUUUGUGUUCGUUUUGUGAUCGUGCUGCGUGCCAAGCAUGCUGGCAGAGGUGCUCCGCUUGCGAAGUUCCUCACUGCAGUCUGUGCUUGGCGGCAGAUUACAACUCGCAGUUUGAGUGCUACUUCUGCCCGCCAUGCUAUCAGGAUGAGAGACUCGAAUCUUGCUAG